AUGUCGUUGGAAGAUCCUAGAGACGAUGUGGUCAACCAAACAGUGCUUACGGAAAGUUCAGGAGAUGAGUUGGCGGAUUUAGCAAAAGAAUAUGAAGCGAAAGCGCGACGUAUUAUGGAAAGGAAAAGAUUAGCAAAGGAGAAUAAAAAACUUAAUGAAGAGAAGUUACAAGCACAAGUCACAAGAAGUAGAUCACCGUCUCCAAUAAGGAAACGGACUCUACCUUCUGGAACGUUGAAUGCUGGGGUUACCAAAUCUCAAGAGGAUAUAACAGAACAAAGAAUACAACAACAGGUUGAAAUCAUUCAAAGGAAAAGGGAAAUGAUGAAGACUACUCACAAGCUGGCCUUUGCCAAAACGUUCCAAACAACUCUGAAACUACCAAAGACGCAGGAUCUCGUCACUGACAAGGUAUUUUCCUUCAAGGAUAUCCCCAAACCAAUAGAUUUGACCGUGGAUGAGAAGGACCCAUAUACACAACUUAAUCUUCGGAAACGAUACUAUACAUCCGAACAAUUACAGACAUUACUAGGACAUGUCAAGAUUCUUGUCAUUGAGAAGUUUUUUGCGAAAGUACACGCUCCAUUAUUCCAUGAGCCAGAGUAUCCUAACUGGGCCAUUUCUGGCAUAGUGCUAAGUAAGAGUGAAACAAAGUAUACAAGUGAUAAGAAGCAAAAAUAUAUGAAGUUACUGGUUGGUGACUUCCACUUAUCAGUAGAUAUUAUGUUGUUUGGUGAUGCAUAUCUCAAGUAUUGGAAAGUUCGCGUGGGUGAUGUAGUAUGCAUCCUCAAUCCAACGAUCAAACCAUUCAGAUUGGCACUCACCACCAACGGGUCGUCAUCGUCACAACAGCAACAAAACCUGCUGCCCCGAGGGUUCAAUCUCGUUCUUGAUGAUGAUAGUGAAUGUAUAUUAGAAAUUGGAGCUGCAAGAGAUUUAGGUUAUUGUAAAUCAAUUAAACGGGAUGGUCAUAGAUGUCUGACGCCUGUGAAUAUGACCAAAUCAGACUAUUGUAAUUUCCAUCAAGAACUCGCAAUUCGGAAAUCCGGAAACAAAAGGAUGGAACUCAAUGGGAGUGUGACAUUGAAAUCCCCAACAAGAAGGGAUGGAUCUAAACAGGCGAUGUACGUUGGAAGAACCGGGAACAAUCUUUCCAAGUCAAGCACACAUAUAACUACUGAUUAUACAAAUUAUAAACCCCAAACUUCAAACUUAUACUAUGCAAAUGAUACCGGUAAAGCGUUUUUCCGGGAUGAAUAUUCAAAUCCAAAGAUUUUGGAGAAUCUUUCAGAGAAGAGACGGAAAUUAAAAGAUGCGAAAGAAGAUGCAAAUCUUCAAAGGAAACUUGAAAGUAUCAAAUCACAGUCUUCUCUAAAGACAUUGGGGCUUUCCAAAGGUAUGACGUCGCCAGUGGCCAAGUCGGAUAAAGUUGCAUUCAAUCCAAAUUUACUCAACAAGAUUGGGUUCAAUCCCGCAGCCACGUCAACGGUGGGGAUGAAUGCACAUGACGGAGUUUACAAGAGCCCCACUAGACGUCGGAAAAUGCUUUCGGAAAAUUUACAAGAAUUAUUCGAACUUAGUAAUCUGAAUGCCAGCAAAAAGCUUACGGCAUCCAUGGAGGACAAGAUCGAUAAACAAACCCAAUGGAAGAAGACAAUGGACAAUUUAGAGAGAUACAGGAACACAAAGGAGGGUACCAAGAAGCCAUCGGGCGCACUUUUAGCGGCACCAAAUAUUUCUGAUCCGUUUUUAGAUCUGGGCUCCGAUUCUGACAUUGAAAUUGAAUUUGGUAACGAUUUGGAGAAGGAAAAGUACACGAAAAUGGCGAGGGGAGGAAAUAAUAUCACAGGAAAGAAAUAA